AUGGUGGUUGGGGAAUUGAUUUCUAAGAAUCAGCAUGCUUUUCUUCAAGGGAGACAUAUUGGUGAGUGUUCUUUACUUGCUCAUGAAUUACUUAGAGAUUUCAAUAAGAAUCAUGGCAAGAGAGCCUGUUUUAAAAUUGAUUUACAUAAGGCUUUUGAUAGCAUCAACAGGGAAUUUGUAUACUAUGUUAUGCAUUGCAUGGGUUUUCCAGUUAAAUGGAUUACAUGGAUCAAGGCAUGUCUUUCAACACCAUCCUUUUCAGUCCUUUUCAAUGGCUCCUCCUCAGGAGCAAAUAGAAAAUCUUUUGAAGGUAUCAACAAUCUGUUGGAAUCUAUGGCUUUGAACACUGGACUGAGUAUUAACAGGAAGAAGAGCAAAUUAUAUUUCAGCAAAGGAUGCAACUAUAAAGGUGUGUUAAGCUCUAUUGUAGGAAUUUCAAUAGGGAAACUUCCUAUGAAAUACUUAGGAUUACCUUUAUCAGCCAAAUACCCAAAAACUAAGGAUUUUCUUCCACUUAUUGAUAAGGUCAGAAAUAAGAUUGAAGGUUGGAUAUCUCAUUCUUUAUCAUUUGCAGGGCGGCUAGAACUCAUUAAAUCAGUAUUAUUUAGUACUUCAGCCUAUUGGUAUUUUGUUUAUAAAUUCCCUCAAUCCAUAGUACAAAACCUGGAAUCUAUCUUUGCAAAUUUUCUUUGGUCUGGAAAGCUUCAUGCUAUCAAUUGGAAGGAAAUUUGUCGGCCAAAACAGGAAGGGGGAUUUGGUCUGAGAAAAUUGAAUGAUCUUUGUCAAGCAGCUGCUCUAAAAUUGAUAUGGAGACUUCUAACAACUAAUACUCUUUGGACAAACUGGAUAAAUGUCAGAUAUGUCAGGGGAGCUAAUUUUUGGGAAUCUACUUCAAAUCUAUUGGAUUCUGGAACCUGGAAGCAUAUAUCUAGUCUCAAAGGGAAAGCUCUGAACUGCAUUAGGAAAACUAUUGGGAAUGGUGAGACAACUUCCCUUUGGUUUGACCCAUGGUUACAGGAAGGUAGAAUUAUUGAACUACUGCACCAUCUCACUUCUCAACUCACAGGCACUAUUACUUGGACAGUCUCUCGUAUCAUUCAAAACUUUCUAUGGAAUAUCAUACUGCCAUGUCUUAGCCCUCUGAUACCUUUCAUUACUAAUAUAUCAGUUACAGGUCAGGAAGAUCAAUGGAUAUGGUUGCAUACAGGUGAUGGGGUUUUCUCCUUUUCUUCAGCUUGGAAUCAACUGUGUAAACUAAAAAUGCAACUGAAUGCUACUGAUGUUAAGGACCUAAAGACAGAAGCCCUGGAAAUCCAACAAAAGUUCAAGAAGAAAGAUAAUACUUAUAUAUUGGCUAGAUUAGCAUUGAAUGCAACUGUUUGGCAUAUUUGGCAGGAAAGGAACAGAAGGAUUUUCCAUGAUAAAAAAUUGCACAAGAUUAUGGUGUUUAGGAGAAUAUAUGAAGACAUUAAUAUUCUGCUUAGAACUUGCAAUUGGAAGGAGUUCGGAAUGGAUGAAACAAAUUCAACUAGUGUAGAGUUCGGAAUGGGAGAAUCAAGUGCUAUUGGAAAUGAAAUUACGGUCAAUACUGUAAAUGCUCCUAAACCACUACUAGGAAUGAAGUUUAAUAGUUAUGAAGAAGCUUAUAACUAUUAUAACUCUUAUGCAUUGUUGAUAGGUUUUAGAAUACGGAAGAGCACGAUAAAUUACUCUCGCAAGACUAGAGAAGUGGUAGGCAGAAUCUUUGUUUGUGAUAAGGAGGGCUAUAGAUCUAAUAGAGACAAGAUAGAUCACCCUUUUCGGCGAGAGACCCGAGUGUGA